AUGAAGACAGCAGCGCUCCGUUUGAUGCUGUUUGCAGUUCUCUUCGUUCUCGCUGCAGCUUGGACGAAACAAGAUUAUGAGAUCUUCCGUCUCCAAGAUGAAUUUACCGCAGCAGAAGGCGUAAAUGUGACAUUCUACGACUUUCUAGGGGUCCGAACAAACGCCAAUCAGGAUGAGCUCAACAAGGCCUACCGUAAGAUGUCAAAACUGCUCCACCCCGACAAAGUCAAGCGCACAUUCAUCGCGAACAGCUCGAAAGACAAGAGCAAAUCCAAGAGCAGCCAGAAAGGCGUACACGUCAACCGCGGUCCUACCAAGCGAGAAAUUGAUGCCGCCGUCAAGGAGGCCCACGAGCGCGCCCAGCGCCUGAACAUCGUCGCGAACAUCCUCCGUGGUCCGGGUCGUGAGCGCUACGACUACUUUUUGAAGAACGGCUUCCCCAAAUGGAAGGGCACGGGGUACUAUUACUCGCGGUUUCGUCCCGGUCUCGGGUCUGUCCUCCUUGGACUGCUCCUGGUCUUCGGCGGUGGCGCUCAUUAUGCUGCUCUUAUUCUCAGCUGGAAGCGUCAACGUGACUUUGUAGACCGGUACAUCCGCCAGGCUAGGAGAGCUGCAUGGGGUGAUGAGCUGGGUGUUCGUGGCAUCGGCGCCGCGCCUUCUCCGGCCUCUGUUCCGGCUCCGGACGCUGGCGAUGCUGGUGCCAUGCCUAUGAACCGUCGCCAAAAACGGAUGAUGGACCGCGAAAACCGCAAGGAGAAGAAGGGAGGUUCAAGAGCAGGUUCGCGAAGGAGCGGAACUGCUACUCCGACAAGCGAGACUGUUGAGCCAGCAGGGGAGAGAAAGAGAGUCGUUGCUGAAAACGGAAAAGUGCUCAUUGUCGAUUCAGUUGGGAAUGUGUUCCUGGAGGAGGAGUCAGAGGAUGGUGAGCGCCAGGAAUUCUUGCUCGACCUUGAAGAGAUCCAGCGCCCGACCUUGCGUGAUACUAUGAUCUUCAAGCUGCCUGGGUGGGUGUAUCGCAAGAUCAUUGGCCAAGUACUUGGAACGUCUAGUACCGUGGCUGUGUCAGAUGACGAGCAAGUCGAUACUCCAGAGCAGUCGGACCAAGCUAGCUCGGCUGUAUCUUCAAGGGGCGCGGCUUCUCAGCGAAGAGGCAAACGCUCGCAACGUUCUUAA